UCUGCUCCUUUUAUCAUUGACCGAUACACUGUGUCACACUCACACCUAACAAAGCUUAUGGCUUCAUCUGAUCAAACGGCGAAGAUAAUCGAUGGGAAGGCGAUUGCUCAAACCAUCCGAUCAGAGAUCGCCGAGGAAGUUCGCGAUCUAUCUGAGAAACACGGCAAGGUCCCAGGACUAGCGGUAGUUAUAGUUGGGGCACGGAAAGAUUCACAGACAUAUGUGACUAUGAAGAGGAAAGCGUGUGCUGAGGUUGGGAUCAAAUCAUUUGAUGUGGACCUACCAGAGGAUGUUUCUGAAGCUGAUCUUAUAACCAAAGUUCAUCUACUCAAUUCAGAUCCUGAUGUUCAUGGUAUAUUAGUUCAACUCCCAUUGCCGAAACAUAUUAAUGAGGAGAAUGUUUUAAGUGCAAUCAGCAUUGAUAAAGAUGUAGAUGGCUUCCAUCCUCUGAAUAUUGGUAAGCUAGCCAUGAAAGGCAGAGAACCCCUCUUCCUUCCAUGCACCCCUAAGGGAUGUUUGGAACUCUUAGUAAGAAGUGGCAUAAAGAUAAAAGGGCAACGAGCUGUUGUAGUAGGUCGGAGCAACAUCGUUGGAUUGCCUGUUUCGCUUCUAUUGCUCAAGGCUGAUGCUACUGUUACCACCGUACAUUCCCACACCAGAGAUCCUGAGGCUAUCAUACGGGAAGCUGACAUCGUUAUUGCUGCAGCCGGACAAGCCUGCAUGAUUAAGGGGGACUGGAUUAAGCCAGGGGCUGCGGUGAUCGAUGUUGGAACCAAUGCAGUGAGCGACCCGAGCAGGAAAUCAGGAUACCGGUUGGUUGGAGAUGUGGAUUACGCAGAGGCUUGUAAAGUUGCAGGGUUCGUAACUCCGGUCCCUGGUGGUGUAGGUCCAAUGACCGUGGCAAUGCUGCUGAGGAACACCUUAGACGGCGCCAAGCGGGUCAUUGGCCAGUAAGAUAUCUAUCCUACUGUAUGUUAUAAAUGAAUCUCAAGUUUAUCCAUUAUAUAAUUAAGCUCUCCCUUUCAUAACACAAUUAUUCCUCUAAAAUAAAUUGAAGUUUGCCUGUC